CCUACAUAGUCUAACAAAAUGUCUGAAACACUAAUUAUUAAAAGAAAGUUACUGUAUUUCCUAAUAUAUUUAAAUUUAAAUCAAACUGCAAACAGCUAUAAAAUAAUAAUAGACAUAAAUGAUUUACUAGAACCAAGAUUAGUAAAAGGUAUUCAAAAUAAAGCUAAAUUUGAUGAUACUUUUGCGAAAUAUAAUAUUCAAGAGCCUAGACUGCAACAUAAUGGAAUAAAAGAUGAAGUUGAAGAAGAAAACGAACCAAUUUUAUUCAAGAAAGGCAAACAAGAUAACAACUAUAGAAACAAAAUAUUAGUGAAAAGGAUCGUUCCCCAUGGUAACGCGCCAUCUGGUGUUGAAUAUGAUCACAAAUAUAACACUAUUUAUAAACCUUUAAUAAGAGUCCAUAAAACGAAAUCGAUAAACCAAUUUUUCAGUGAAGUUGCAUCAAAAAAAACCGAUGACACUUUAAAAAAAGGUUUAAAACAUGAAAAAAUUAUUUUUGUGCAACCAAAAGAUGCUGAAUAUAAACAUUUUAAUCUAAAUGAUGGCAUUCUAUUGGAACCUUUCCAAACAUAUAACAAUGAUAAAGGUGUCAGAGAUAAAAGAUUGAAACUGCUGAAACAAAUACAGAAUAAAAUAAAAUUAAUCAAACCUGAAUCCAAAAGGGUCAAAGCUUAUGCAAAAGUGAUUAACGCUCUCAACAACUUGAGGUCUCCCCAAUUUGAGAAGUCUGGAGAACAUAAUGACCCUUUAGCUCCUGGUAGGGAAACGAUCCCAGAGCCCUAUGAAGAGAUUAAAUCACCUGAGAAAUGGAUACCGCACUAUCCACCGUGGAAUUAUUGGACGUAUAAGAAGACCAUCCAUGAAGACGUCUGUCCCGGGACACAAGUCAAAAUUGGUAACAUGUGCAUAUGGACUCCGCCACAUUAGUCUUUAUAGUACAGACCAGGGAUAUACUCUUCGGUUACCUAUGUUUAUUAACAGGAGAAGUUACAUUUUAUUCAA